GUCAGAUACCAUGGAGACUGAAUGCUGAUCAGUGCUCCUUAUUCACUUCUCAUGGUAUAAUUGGUAGGCUGUCAGGCAACUAGGGACCUUCAAUUUGCUUCUCUAAUUAUCUGAAUUCAGGAGAAUCCAGCUGGAUGAAAUGCUUGUGAUUCAACACUCCAUUUGUAAAAUGAUUGCUCCUUUCUUUGAUUUCUUACAAACAAACAUACAACUGAAGAUUCAGUCAGAGGCCAGCCUUGCACCUCGCGGUCCACAGUCUGUGGAGAUGGCUGAAGCACAAUCUGCAUGUACGGAGAAGAAGUGGCUAAUUUGCACUGAUAAUGAUUGGGGCUCUAAGUGUCCAUCUGGGUGCAGAAUGCAAGGAUUAAUACAUGUUAAGAAUCAACAAAAUGAUGAACGGGUACAAGGGAUACAACAGAUGCUGGAAAACUAUUCCAAAAUGUUCAGGAAUACUCAGAUUACUGUGACUGAAGCUAUCAAUAGAAUCAGACAGUCUCUGAAUGGACUGGGAGAGUUUGGAGACACUUACUACCAGCUAGUGGAGCACGUGAAUUCCAGAAUUACUAACUUGCAGAACAAAAUCAAUGAUCAAAAUUUCAAAUUAGGGCUCCUACAGAAGAGGAUACUAGAACAAUUUAGAAGUAUCACAAGACUUGAGGUUGACAUUGAUAUCAAGAUACAGUCUUGCAAAGGAUCUUGCACUCAAUCAGUUGUUUACAAUAUCAACAAUGAACAUAAUGUCCAAAUGGAGAAAUCUCUCAACUCAAUGACUGGCAUGAGGCUGAAUAGAAUUGUAUAUAAUAAGCCAAUACAUAAGCUGAGUUUGGUGAAGAUAUUUAAUGCAAUAACUGGCUUCAAAUCUGACAUCAAUCUUAAAUAUCCUAAAUUCUGGGAAGAAAUGCAUAUGGGGUUAUUUGGUUUAGAUAAUGAUAAACCACAUGAAAGUUCUUCUACCUCUUUGGCUACAAUUACUGGAUCUACAAGGAAAGGUUUGGAUGUUCGCACAGGUCGCAUAGCAAAUGGUGAUAUAUCGCGCAUUCUUGGUGGAAUCAACAGCACAAGAAGGGAAGAUACACCAUUAAACCAUCCGAUAAACAGUACAAGAAAUUCUGAUGCAUCCUUAACUCACGUUAAUGCAGAAACCAGCACUGAGGAACUAUAUUUGACGAAAAACUCUGUCAAAGGAACUUUGUCAGACAGUUCCAAUUACACAAAAGUAUUCCACUCCAUAAUUGGUUCUCAAUCUGUUAUGAAACAGAAUUUUAGCAAAAUCACUGGCUCAGAGACAGUUGAUAAUUUUUCUGAUCCAUCGUUCCUCAAUUUAGAACAAAUAGACCCUAAGGAAAUAACAUUGCCACUAGCAAGUAAGGGUUCUCCUGGUAAUUCAACUUACACAAAGACUGGUGAUUUUACCGAUUAUGCAAACUUGGAGGAUGUUGACAGCUCUAAAGUAAUUGACUCCAGUGAACAUGCCAUCUUCUCAACCAAAGUGGUGACAGAAUUCAAAGACAACACAUCCUACAAAGAAACCCGUAACAGUGACUACCAGUCCACUUACCUGGAGGAUCCUAAUACCAUGCAUCCUUCCGUCAACCUUAGCAUAUUCUCUGAUGAUGAAAUCACAGAGUAUGUUCCUGGUGAACAAAUUCACAAUCUUAACAUGGAAACGAUGCAUAAGAUUAAGAACUACAUUGGAAAAGAUUGUGACGAUAUCAUGCAAAAACAUGCAAAGGGUGGCGAAAAUGGUUUGUUUAAGAUAAAACCCACUGGCUGUCUUGAUGUUCUGACAGUUUACUGUGAUCAGAGCACUGGUGUUGGUGGUUGGAUAUUGGUUCAGCAGCGAAUGGAUGAAUCAGUAAAUUUCAACCGAUCCUGGGAUGAGUACAAAAUGGGAUUUGGUAGCCUUGAUGAUCAAGGCCAAGGAAAUAUCUGGCUCGGAAAUGACAUCCUUCACUUACUCACACAGAAGGAAACAUUCCUUCGGAUAGAACUGGAGGACUGGUCCGGGAAUAAGACACAUGCUGAGUAUAUUGUAAAUAUAGGCUCUGAAUCAGAAAACUACAUGUUGAAUAUCACCGGUUAUGCUGGGAAUGCUGGGGAUGCACUAAUAACAGGGUUAUCAGUGGAUAGGGCACACACUUCCCAUGCAAACAUGAAAUUCAGUACUUUUGACAGAGAUAAUGAUAAAUGGGAGGAGAACUGUGCGCAGUUCUAUGGAGGAGGUUGGUGGUAUAAUAAUUGUCAGGCAGCUAAUCUGAAUGGGAUUUAUUACCACGGCGGACUGUAUGAUCCUCGUGAUAAUAUGCCAUAUGAGAUAGAAAAUGGAGUAGUCUGGGUCCCUUUUAGGGGUAUUGACUACUCUCUUAAAGUGGUAAAGAUGAAAAUUCGACCAAGCACUUCAGUUUAGACAGGGAGUUUCUGUCCUAGUGGUAUAAAUGUUAUUACAAAUAUUAUGUUUGUCCUGGCUUCAGCAAAAAUCUACCUCUUUGGAUAAAUUCCUUUUGUAAUGCCUCAACACUUGAACAUCCUGUUGGAAGAUUUAUAAAAUGAUAAACAAAUAGGUGAUUAUAACAUUUCAUUUAAUAGUCAAUCAAGAACAUAAAGCUUGUUCACACAUUCACUUUUCAUUCAAAUGUAGUCAAGAAUAUAUAAUUAAAUGAAAAUAAAAGUAAAAUUAGGCAUCCUG